UUUUUUACGCUAGCCACUGUAGUACUGGUCUUAUCUGUUUUCACAUAUUAUAUGUUAAAUUUAUUUUAGCAAUGAAUUCAGAACGCUGUUUUUUUCCUGUUAUUAUAUGUAAAGUUUAAUGCUGCAUUCAUGUAAUGUGAUGCUGAAAUGCUCAUAAUAUGUAUAAGUUCCGUGUCAAAGGAGGCUGAAGGUGCAGAGAGAGCUUACCUGCAGUGGAUGGACGGAGGAUGGUCUACUUUUUCAACCGCCUCCUGUCUCGGUGGGACGUGCUGCACAAGGUGCUAUUUUUAUGAACUUGUUCUGAAGAAUCCCAACCUAUUGACCCUGGGCUGAGCUGGCUCACAGGGGGCUUCUCAGACCCUCCUCUCCGUCUGUCUUUCAUCUCUGUCUGACUGUAUCCCCCCCCAUGAUACAUGAAAUGGGAAAUCCCCUCACACAUGUAACCUAUGGGCACACUUCUCUGAAACGGAGAUGGAUUGAGCUAACCCUAUGAGAUAAUGGAGGGAGUCGGGCACAGACAACGAUGGAACAAAAAGGCCCCUGUUGGGACCUUACUGCUCCUCAUGUGCAUGUUAAUUCCUGCCGUUGCAUUGGUAAAAAAUUGUCCGGUGGGGGACUAUCUCACCAAAGACGGAAUAUGUUGCAAUAAAUGCCCUCCAGGUUUUAAGCUUGUAGAAAAGUGUCAUGCUCCGGGUCAGAGAAGUAACUGCACUCAUUGUCCUGAUGGAGAAUACAUGGACCAGAUGAACUUCUACCCCAACUGCCGCCGCUGCAAACGCUGCAACAAGCCAUACGAAGUGACAUUCUCGAAAUGUGCAAUAGACCGAAACACUAUUUGCCACUGUAAGACUGGAUAUUACAAAUCCAAAAUAGAUUCGGAAACGUCGCAGUGUCUCAAAUGUACGCCAUGUGGCCCUGAUGAAAAGGAAACUUCUAUGUGUACGCCAGAGAACAACACUGUGUGCGGAUGCAAAGAGAACUUCCACAGAGUCAACGGCAAGUGCAUACCCUGCGACACUUGUACAGCUGAGUGCAAGGAGAAGUGUUUAUCAACUCAUCCUCCAUCUCUGAAUACCAAAGGUCCUGAACACGACAGUGGAUUUCUGGUGAAUGUCAUUGUUGGAGUUGUAGUUGCACUUGUUGCGCUGUUGUUGUUGGGGAUUUUCAUCACCUACAAGAUGACAAAACGCUCUACCAAGAGGAAACUGCUGUCUCUGAAUUCUCAGACAUCUGAUGUUUCCCAGGAUUCGUGCAAGCAAAUCCUGAUUAGCACUGUGGGAGAUUCAGAGAAGACCAGUGUGGAGGCUACAGCUCACAGUUCAGUAGUUGAGGUGGAACUGGCCAAACUGCCUGACUGCAUCCCACUGGAAAUCAAGAUUCCAGACUUGAUCUACACUGUGCUGGAUCAGGUUCCUGUGCUGCAGAUGAAGCAGCUGGUGCGUUCUCUUGGUGUUAAGGAUACAGAAAUCGAACAAGCUGAGAUGGACCACCGAUCCUGCCGGGAAGCCCACUACCAGAUGCUGCGGAUGUGGGCUGAGAGAGGCAUGCGUGCAGGUGGAGGAGGACAAGGUGGAAUGCUGCACCAGCCACUGUUGCAAGAGUUGUUGGACAAACUGAGAGCAAUGCACCUGAAGCGGGCGGCCGACGAACUCGAGAAUAAGUAUGGCGUUCAGUAAAUCUGUCUGACAACGCCUGCCAAGUCUAAAACGAAGCUUAUGAAACCAAGUACUGUUCGCUUCAGAGACUCCCUCAGGGAUGGCUCCAGAAUGAACACAUGGACAUGGUGCUACAACCAAAGGAAGUGUUUUAUUUCCUACCCUACUAGCGUGACUGAGCACUCUACCAACAACAAAAACUAUGAGCGAAUAAGAGCCGUAACCGAUAACGAGACUUUGAACUAAUGAAUUCAGCUCAACCCUCUGUAAAUAAUAAAAGCAUCAAUACGGCUUACGGGUAUUCUCUUCCUAAGACUGAUACCCCUCUCAAUAAAUAUGUAUAUUUUUAUGUUUAGCUAUUCUGUCUCUAGAUGGUAGAUUUAUAUUUUAUCUACAAAUGUGAGAAUGGUUUUGUAUUUUGUAAUUUUGUAAAAUUCUAGAGUUUUAGAAUCUUUAUUUUAUACUGAAUGUAUCCAUUGUAAAGGGGUAAGUUUUUAUACUGUAUUGUACUUUUACAAAUUGUGUAGAAAUUUUAUGCAAUGUACCAGCUUCAUUUCAUGUAUUUAGACUACUUUAGACUGCUAUCUAGACUACCAAUAGGGGCCUUUCAUAAUACAUGAGUAAUGUGCAUAAAUAAACUGAGUAUUUAAUCAGUAGCACAGAGUUAACUAGUAAUGUAUUAGUAGCUCUAGUUAUACCAUCUGGUCCACUUUACUGAAAAAGUAAGGGAACAGUUACAGUUACAGGAAGUUUGUUGUUCCCUGUUGCUGUUGACCCACCCACUGCCACUCUUCACAGGCUGUUCACAGCCCCAUUAGCAUUCUUUUCAACCUCAUCACACAAGCAUUAUUCAUUACUGUUGGAGAAAACACGACACGCCUCAUCCCAGUCUGUCUCGGCCGAGCAGCUUUCACGAUACUAGUCUCGGCCUGCAAGCGCUGAUGUUGAUCAGUUUCAUUCACACAGUCGGAAGAAUUCCUGGUGUGCAGUGAAUGAGCUGCAGUGAACAUGUCAAAUGUGCCAUGCAUUGUGUCUCCUAGACUGAUCUCACGAGUUCAGAUUAAAUGUGUGAAAAAAUA